CGCAGCACUGGGACUCGCGCCCACACCGCAGCCCAGCCAGCCUGCUCCGCGCUCGCCUGCUCCGUCUCCCGCCGGACCCUUGCGCCCUCGCUGCUGCGGCUCUGCGCCCCUCGACCCUGCCGGCACGAUGCACCUCUCCCAGCUGCUGGCCUGCGCCCUGCUGCUCACGCUACUCUCGCUCCGGCCCUCUGAAGCCAAGCCCGGGGCGCCGCCGAAGGUCCCGCGAACUCCGCCAGGGGAGGAGCUGGCCGAGCCCCAGGCUGCGGGCGGCGGUCAGAAGAAGGGCGACAAAACUCCCGGGGGUGGCGGCGCCAACCUCAAGGGCGACCGGUCGCGACUGCUCCGGGACCUGCGCGUGGACACCAAGUCGCGGGCGGCAUGGGCCCGCCUUCUGCACGAGCACCCUAACGCGCGCAAAUACAAGGGAGGCAACAAGAAGGGCUUGUCCAAGGGCUGCUUCGGCCUCAAGCUGGACCGGAUCGGCUCCAUGAGCGGCUUGGGAUGUUAGUGCGGCGACCCCUGGCGGCGGAUUGGGAACUUGCUCCGUUUUGCUGAGGUCAUUCUUGGUCAUCAGCCUCACGGCAUCUGGAAGCAUCUCCAACGCAAUGUGGCUUUUACAUUUCUUUUUUUUUUUUUUUUUUUCCUGGUACUGGGAAUACACAACACCAGCUGUUUUAUUAUUAUUCGGGAAGGGGGGUAUGAUUUUAUUGUUUGGUUUUUUUUUUGAAAAUGAAAAAUAAAAAGUUAUAUAUUAUAUAUAUAUUAUAUACAUGAAACACACACACCUACACCAACAUGAUGACAAGGGACAGUUUUUAAGAGACUGACA